UGUUCCCGGAGCUGCUCGAAGCGCUGUCCACUUCAGCACCACAAGCCGAGCGGAGGGACCGAAGCUGCGGCUCACCAUCAGCACCAGCUCACACCCGAGUCCCAGAUACCCGAAUAUACUGAGAAUACACACCGAUAUCCGGCAGAAACACCGACCGCAACAGGACAAAGGAGCAGGGACAAGAUUUAAGCAGUCAAUGUAUGACGCGACAAGGAUGCCGUCACCCAAGGAUGGUGUAAACGCAGUGGCCCAACCUGUGGUCCCUGGGACUGAACCUGGAACAGUCGCAAGUUCAGGAGGGCCAGCAGCCACGGCGGUGCUGCAGGCCAAAACCGAGGAGGGCCAGGCGGGAACAGAGGAGGACGAGGAGCUUAAACUGGAGCCUGUCCUGGUGAAGAAGCCACACAGAGAGAUUUUGGACCACGAGCGGAAGCGGAGGGUGGAGCUGAAAUGUAUGGAGCUCCAAGAAAUGAUGGAAGAGCAGGGGUACACUGAGGAAGAGAUCCGACAAAAAGUGAGCACAUUCAGACAAAUGCUGAUGGACAAGGAGGGUGUUAUCACCAGAGAGGGCUCUCACACACAACCCGUGGUGAACCACUUCCAUUAUCAGGCCGACGCAUACGAAGAUGACCCAGACGCAGUCGGCUACGAAGACGGAGACUAUGAACAGGACUACCACAGUGAUGACAGAAUGAAAAGGAAAUCAACCAGCUCUCCAUCCCCCCAUCCAAAGAAAAGGAAGAAGAAGAAGUCUGGCCGUCGAAGGAGUCGGUUUGGCAGCUCCUCGCCCACUCGCAGAGAGAAGAAGAAGAAGAGUGGGAAGAAACACAAGCGAGACAGGUCAGCAUCUGACGCCAGGAAAAAGAGAAGAUACAGGUCAGGCAGCCAGAAGAACAAGCACAAAGAUAAGAACAAACAGAAAAAGAGGUCCUCAGGUGAGACCCCCAGCAGGGGCUCACAGCGUCAGGGCAGCUGCUGCAGCUCUCGAAGCGUUUCCCUGUCCUCCACUCGGAGCACCUCCAAAUCCCCCUCCAGACUGAACUCCAAGCACAAGACGGACGAACAGAAGGCGUCGGCCACAUCACCGCCUCUGGCUCCGAACAAUCCCGCCAAGUGGCACAACGGGGACCACACCCGACGGAGCCGCAAUGGCAAGGCGGCCAGAUUCACACACGCCGAGGGCGAGAAAGGGAAUGAUAAGCUGCGUCUGCUGAAUGCAAGCUCUGCAGGCAUCCAGUCUACUUUACUAAAAGAGCAAAAGCUCCACAGCGCCCCCAGCAGGAACCAGGCUGAAGAGACUGGGAGUGUGGAUGGCAAGAUCGCAGCUGUAGGGAGCUCCUUAACUCAGACGUCAGGGAGGAGAAGCGGCCAGAGAGGCCAGAGAAGGAGCUCCCACUCCCCCGAUCACAGCAGCGACUCGGCCCACACCCAGCACAACCACGCUCACAGAGGGAGGACGUCCCGUCAUCAGCGAAAGACAAAAGGUGGCCACUCCUCCAAGCGUCACAACCGCUCUAAUCGAGGUCAGGCGCAUCACAAGAGCCCGUCGGUGUCUCCGGGACGCCACUCACACGUGUCAGGUAGGAAGAACGACGAGUCUCGGAGCAAAGCCAACCUCCGGCAGCGCAGCAGCUCCUGGAGCAGUGGCCGCUCGUCCUCGCGCUCGGCCUCCAGAGACAAGGGCACCGGCAAGGUCAAGUCCCCGCACAGCAGACAGAACGUCUCCAGAGAAAAGGACAGCGCCAACCGCUCCGACACCGACAGCCGAGCUCGGCGCCGCUCACGCAGCUACUCACCUAUCAGGAAGAGAAGAAGGGAUUCCCCCAGCUUCAUGGAAGCUCGGAGGAUCACCAGCGCUCGGAAGCGGCCGAUCCCGUACUACCGGCCCAGUCCGUCAUCGUCGAGCUACGACAGCAGCCCGUCCCGGUCCAGCCGCAGCCGAAGCUACAGCAGUUACAGCAGCUACAGCCGCACCAGAAGCCAGAGCCACAGCAGGAGCCGCAGCUGGAGCCGGAGUCGCAGCAAAAGCCGCAGCCGGAGCUGGAGCCGAAGCAGGAGCCGCUCCCGCAGCCACCACAGCUACUACAGCCGCAGCAGCUACGACAGCCCGGGCUUCUGAACGCCGACAGGUGGAGGAUGUUGCGCGUCUUCCCUCCAGAGUCCAAAUUCCUCCAUCAGGGACAACACCAUCUCCAGAACAGAGCCUGAACAAAGACAUUAUGUAUUUUAUUACGGCACAUUCAUUUGGAUCGAACCGUCUCCGAUCAUGUAUCACACAGACAAAACAAUUUCCAUAUGUCAAAAGAAAAAAAAAAAGCAUCAAUUGACUGAGCCCAAGGAACAAAUCGCACAGUCGGUUAGCACUUUCCGUCUCAUCCUCCACCAGAAGGGAGUUGGUAAACAAACACAUGCUUCAUGAAUAUAGAGACACAUAUAUGUAUUCUAAAAAAAUUAACAAACAGGAGCUACAUAGAAAACAAAGCCUACCAAAAGGAAACCUUCCAGAUGUUUUUUUCCCUGCCAUCAUGUGCUCAUCCCUUCAAACCCGUCUUCUUAUUGAAUAGCAGAGAUCAACAAAAGUUAGAACAAAUGAGAACUUGACAGCUGGAGGGAACAAAAAAAACUUUUUUAUGAUUAUAACUUUUAUUGUAUACAUAUGCCUGUAUAGAUUUAAACUCUGAUAAGUUCUGGCUUUGUAAACUAUGCACUGUAUAUUCCAUUUAGCUUAAGCAGGCGUGUUUCGCAUGUUACUUCGGUAAAAGAUUCUCCUGGAAGAGGAUUUCUAAACUGAGAAGGGUGCCAUUGAGUGUGUGAAGGGAGGGGAGGAUGGGUGCUGUGUAUUACGUACUUUUACUCUCCUCCCGUAACCAUGUUCUUUCUACUAAUCUGUAUGUGUGUGUGUGUGUGUGUGUGUGUGGGCAUGUGCGAGCGUGUGUGUGGAAACCUCGUCUUCAAAGAUCAGCGAGUAGUCUGUAGCCUGAACUCAGGCUGCUCUAAAGGAAAACUGCUCAAUUAUGUCCAGGCACACGUAUGUUUUCACCUCGAGUUUAUCCUAUUUAUAUGUUUAUUUAUUGGGUUAUUUAUUUAUUUAUUUAUUUAUUUGAUGUUUAAUUUAUUUGACAUUUUGUCACCAAUGCAGGUAGAUCAUGCAUUAGAAUAUGAUCAAACAAGAUAGUUUUGGUUUACAUACAAGUGGCUGAUCAAAAAGUAACAAAGUAAAAAAAAAAAUUUAAAAAAAAUGAACGAGGGCUGACUUUGAAAUGGGAGUGCAGACUUGAACUAUUCCACAACAAGCCUGUUUAGACUCCAGGCCCAUCUUUCUUUUUUUUUUUGCUUCAACUGAAUGAGAGAAAAAGCUCAAUUUUCCUAUUUGAGCUCCGGUGGAGCAUUUUGUUUUCACAACAUCUUUUUGUCCCCAACAGAAAACUCCACAUCUUAUUUACACCGCUAGUUAUGUCCGUCAACUGAAGAUGUACCAUGACAAAACAACAACUACAGCAUCGUCUGUAGGACAGCAAGUAAACCGGUGAUACAAUCACUUAAGUCUUCCUUUCCAUUCAUGGAGUCUUUUUCCACUCAUACUUACAACUCUUAGUGUAAGCAGACUUAACCCAACCGGUGUGUCAAGUAUAUCAUUGCCCCUUUUGUUCAGCUCAUUCUUUGUAUUGUACAAACUAAGCUCCAUGGUAAUAAACAAAUGAGGAAUUAAUCAAA